CUUUUCAAUUUAAGCUCUUUCUUACCGUCUCUCGAAAUCCUACCAUGUAUGUUCAUUCGCUUGAAAUUUGCUCAUAUUAUCUCCACCUUCUGAACCUGAACUCGACGCUCCUGACCCCCCCAAAAAAGUGAAAAAAAACCAUGAACUCGAGCUCAAAUUGAUGACGGCGUUUCACGGCGGCGCCGGCGGUUGUUUCCCCGGCCGUGCCAAUGGAUCUUGCCCAUGGUUUUCCGAAACCUUCUUUCGAGAUUCAAGUCUUGAGCUAGAAAAGGCAAAACCUUUCGCAAGGUCACGGGAAGAAAUCGCGUCCUUCGCUGUUCUUGAUGAUGACGACCAUGGCGAGAUAGGGUCCCGGUCGCCCUUGUACUCGGACCUAACCCGAACCGAUUCUUCUCGGUCACAAUCAAAAGCCCGUGCAGGCGAGCUAGGAUGCUGUGGGUCGCUUUCCCAUUCGGGUCCAUUGCCACAGGUAGCCAUUGGCGAUGGCAAAAUUGAAGCUGGAUCGCGCUUGCAUUCAUGCCUGACCCGGCCCGAACUCUGUUCGGCUCUGGUCGUGCAGGCGGUGAAGAUCAAGGAGGAAUUGGAAGAGGAGGAGGUGGCGACCACUGCGGCCAUUUUAUCGCCGUCAUGCUCAUGGCAGGCGGCAGCAUACGAUGUGGCAAAGCCGAUGGAGGAUCUGGGGGUGGUGGGGCCAACGCCGUUCCUGAGGAAGACUUACGAGAUGGUGUCGGACCCGGGUACAGAUCCGGUGGUGUCGUGGGGCUUGAGCCAGGAUAGCUUCGUGGUGUGGGAUCGGCAGGAGUUCUCGAAGCAGGUCCUGCCCCGAUACUUCAAGCACUCCAACUUCUCCAGCUUCAUCAGGCAGCUCAGCACUUAUGGUUUUAGGAAGAUCAAUCCAGAUCAAUGGGAGUUUGCAAACCAAGGUUUUCAGAAAGGGAAGAAGCAUUUGCUGAAGAACAUAAAGAGGAGACGCAACUUAAACAAGCAUAGAAAAAAAUCGAGAAGUACUGUCACCUCUGAUUACCAGAAAGCUGAAAAGGAAGCAGAACUCAAAAUGCUUAAGAAGGACCAGGAAGCGUUGAAGACCAAGAUCCUUAAGCUAAUAGAAGAGCAGGACAACUUGCAGCAUGAGAUCGAGCAGGUCGCUGAGCAGGUUCGCCAUGCCGAUUGCAGGAACCAGCACUUACUCCUCUUCCUCAUAAAAGCAGCCAAAAGCCCCAACUUUAUCCUGCAUUUAACCCCGAAGAAGAAGCAAAAGAGAGAUUUAGAGACCUGUGAAUCGAGCAAGAAGAGAGAAUUGCUUGGUCCCAAUGCCGAAGCCACCAAAUGCUUGCUAGAAGCAAUGGAUCACAUGAUUCAAAGCCCAAAAGUUGAUUGCCUGAAAAUCAGUGACGAUUUGGCACAGAUGGAGCGUCGGCCAAAUAGUGUUGUGCCGGAGCAUCUUGGCACCUUUCAGAUGCACAAUCCGUGGCCUUCGAUGGAUGGUGAAGAUUUCAGGGUUGCGCAGGGCCAGACGCCCAAUCAGAUGACCGGAGCUAGCUCAUCUGAUUUGUCUUCGGUAUUCCAGGGGAUUUCCGAGAAACUCCUCAAGGAAGACGUGGUUAUUGGCACCGAUGCGGACAACAUAGAAGUAGAAGACCACCUGACGUUGAAUGACACGGGAAUCUAUCUUGAACUGGAGAGUCUGAUUGAUGGAAUGGGUACACAAGUGAACUGAUGGAGCAAGCAGGAGGACUGAUGCCCUAAAUUUUCAUGGACUCUCGCGCUGCCCUUUCUGUUACUUUCUUGUCCUUUUGGGUUCCGUUUUGUUAUUAAGCUGGACAUUAGAGUCAUUUUUGCUGCUGUUUUUUUGUGACCCGGAUCACAUAAUACAGGUCUUGCAUAAUUGGAGAGAGAUACUGAAGUGAAGCGACUUUUUGCUUGACGGCAUGAAGGUACAUGCUGGAAACAGGAAGGAAGAGAGAAUCCAACUCAUAAACUAGGUUUUGGUGGGUCAAUGGAAUAUGCUUGUACAUAUGUUGUAGUUUCUAUCUUUUUCACCAUUGUAUCGAAGUCCUUUCAGUGUUC